CGCUCUGGGGCACCACCGUUUGCUCCUCUGGCAGUCAGGGGCCCAGGUUGGGCCCUGCCUGGGCCAUAGAGAUAGAAGGCCAGGAGGGGUGUCCAGUGCUGUGGGGCAGAAUUACUUACAAGAUGUGGCCCUAUGGCUUUGGGUGACAGAUGGGCAUUCUAAGCAGGGUACAAUACGCUGAGUGCGGAGUUUGUUCAUUGUGAGGUUGUGUGUAUAUUUUCCAUUAGCCUGUGUUUUCUUGCACGUAUGUCUUGUGCUGCACAUAUGAACUGUGUAUGCUUGCUUGUUCUCUGCAUAGCUGGCAUGGUGUACUUCUUAUGGAAGGCUCCUGAAUGCAGGGUGUAUGUGCCCAUUUGGAAGGGGCAGUUGUGUACCUUUGAGUUAAGGUAUCACAUCUGGGUGUUGUUUCUGUGGUCCUGCCAAGGUGUGGUCCACUUGUGGUGAGGACAGACUGAUGGAUGGGUUUGUGUGUUUGUACGGAGUGAGUUGCAUGGGGGCCACACAUCUAGAACUCAGAUCCCAUGUAUCACAAGGGGAUUGAUAAACCUCAGGGUGUGUCUCUGGUUCCUGUGGGUCAGCUGGCAUUGGUGUGAAAGGUUCUGGGUGGGAUGUGCAAGUUGUGUUUAUGGCAUCAUGGGCAGCCAAGCAAAAGGAAGGUUGUGUGUUUGCAACAUUCUCUGCGGGAUUCUUUUGUGACGUUGUUUGUGGGAGCCUGUCCGAGCUGUUGGGCUGGGAGGCAAGCUGGUCAGAAAACACUUGUGGGGAGGGAGGUGGCGUGACAAGGGCAAUGUGGGCCUCAAACCCAAGAGACCAGCCGCAAGCUGUGUGUGAGUGCCUACCUUCUGUAUGCUUAAGUGGGGGUGUGGGGCUGCAGAGGAGCUGUUAUGGGAAGACAGGGAGAUAAAUAUGGGGCAGAGCAAGGGCAGCAGGCAGGAGGCAUGGGUGUUGUCAAGGUGGCACAUCUCUUGUAGGGUCUUGUAGGUGCUUGCCGCUCACCCAGCCUGUCAGGGUCACCGAGAGGAGAGUCCUGGCGCCUGCAAGGGAAGUGAGCUUAGACAGUGUGGCUCCUUGGUCAUGUUUAUGUAAAGACCGGGUGUGACUUUUGUCACUAAAAUGGAAAAAAGAAACAUGAAGUUUUCAGUCUCCUCCUCCUACUUUGCCCUCUCCCUUUCUCUGCCCCCCUUGCGGGUAUCUGUGACGCACACUGGGCCCCACUCUUGUGACUGGAGGAAGGUGGAAGGGCCUUGAACGGAAUUUGCUCACUAGGCAGAUUCCUUAGAACAGGUUUUCCUCACCUUUGGGGCCUGGGCCUUCUGUAGGGGCAUGUGUAUGCACAUGGAUGCAUGCUCCAGUUGUGCAUGACACUGUGUACUUCUCUUGGCCUGCGGGAGGGCAUAUAUACGUGGAGGAAGGAGAGCAUUGUGGCUGGGUCCUUCAGUCUGGGGAUGGGGAGGGGGCUGGCUGCUGUGUGAAGCCUGCGGGACAGGUGCAAAACAGAAGCCCUGCACUGGAACUAAAGAGUUCUGUGGCUCUGUGACUUACUGGCACUUUGCCUAAGUGAGCCUCAGUUCCACAUCUGUAAAACCGCCCUAAUUAUGUGUUCUACCUACCACUGACCUGGGAAACAGACCUGGACUGUUAGCUUCAGUUUGGGGGCUGUGCCUGUGCCAAGUCCUGUCGGCCCUCUGUCAGCACUGAGAAUCCCCUUCCGGUUUCACUAAUAGCAAUGGCUGUAAACACUUGGUCAACACUAACUGAGUAUUGGACACCAUUCUUGGUGCCUUUUCUUACUGUUGCUCAUUUAGUCCUCACAGUAGGUACUCUGAUUACCUCCUUUUUUCAGGUAAGGCAAUUGAGGCCCAGAGAAGUUCGUAAUUUGUCCAAAGUCACUUAGCUAGUAAAAGUUAAAACUAUAUUUGAACCCAAGCAGUCAAGUUCCAGAUCCUGUGUUCUUAAUUGCUGUGCUCUGAUGCCUUCCUGGAGUAUUCAGUGGACCUCUCUGCACGCACACACGCACGCACACACAUACACUUCUCCUCAGUUUCUGCAGAACUCAGCAUCUCACCAGGAAAGCAGUAUGCUUAGGUAGCACUCUCAGGAAUCCCAGCCCAGCGCUUGAGACCCUAAAGAUCUGCUACUUUAUAACAUGGGUGCUGGCCAGAGGGGCACAAAAUGUUGGUAAGUCAGAGGAAAGAAAGGUUGUCCUUGUCCUGUGGGUCAUAGAGGGCCAAAAAAAAGAUAGUACAUUUGAUCUUAACAUUUUGGAGGAAUGUUGAGAAGAAAUUACUGAGAGGGCAUUGCUGGCAGGAGACUCAGCAGAGGCAAAGGCACCGAGGUGGAAUAUGUGGAGGUUGGAGAGCAUACUGGGUGUUUAAAGAGAGAAUAACACAGGCAAGAUUAAGGGGAGCUUGGAGCUGGACCAGAGCCCUUGAGUACUUGGUGGAGGAGUUUGAACUUCAUUCUUAAGUCAGUGGGGACUAUAGACAGUUUUUGAACCUAGCUGUGUUAGUACCUGAACUGCCAGUAGGAACACUGCCUCCCAUGGGAGGAAAGCUGGAUGGGAAAGGUGAACCUAAAGAGGGAAAGCUGGGAGGCCUUGGCCUUGGACCAUGUAAGUGUUAACAAGGACCUGUUUGGAGGCCAAAGGCGGGUUGAGAGAAAACUUGCAAAGCCAUUCCCAAGCUCAGCUGCAGUUUCAGCCAGACUUGGUGACUGCUGGAUUUGGGAGCGAGGGAAAGGGUGGAGUCAGACACGACACAUUUAGCACUUAGCACGUGAGACCUUGUGUGGUGAUUUAUGUAACCAGCUGGCCUGCCGUAGGCCCCUUCAGGACAGGAUCCAGCAGAAUGACAGAUGCAAAGAUUUAACAUCUGGGGUCUGCCCAGCCUGAAUUCAAAUCUUGACUCUGCUAUUUUCAAGCUGUGUGACCUUGAUCAAGGUAUAUCCCUCUCUGGUUCUUCUUCUAUAAAAUUGGGAGAAUAUAAAUAGAAUAUAAAUACCUAUUUUGGGUGACUAUUUCAAGGAUAUGAUUAAAGGAGGCAAUGCAUGUAAAGCCCCUGGAAGCUUAUCAGGCAAAUUGUGCAUGUAUUAGUAAUGGUCAAGUUAUAAUCAUCAUUCCCAGCUCCUACCUGACUCAGUUUGGCACUGACGGUGGCUUCUUCCUGAGGAUAGACAGACUUGAAGCAGACUUUGAGGGCAAGUUCAUUUAUGAGAAUUGUAUGUGUGUGUGUGUGUGUGUUACUGGGGAUUGAACUCAGGGCCCCAUACAUGGUAGACAAACACUCUACCUCUGAAUGGCACACCCAGCUCUUAAAAUUUUUUUAACCCCUUACAUUGUGUGCUAGACACUGUGCUUAGGCCUGGAGAUAUUACAGUGAACAAAGCAGACAAAAAUUCCUACUGUUGCCAGCCUUGAAGUCUAUAUUCUAGAGAUAAAUGAGCAAUGUGUUUUACUAAGUUCCAAGAAGAAAAAUAAAGGAGUUUAGGAAGAUAUUAAGUUUGGGGGGUGGGCCAGGGAAGGCCCCUGGGUAAGGGGACUUUUUGAAUCAAAACUGAAGUAUGAGGUUAUCUGGAGAAAAGAACAUUCCAUGCAGAGGGAACAAGAGGUGGAGCAUAUCCCUGUCACAGUGGCACCUCCGGGGUCACACAAGCAGUCAAGAGUAGAGAAAUGAAGGAAGAGGCUGGGCAGAAGGGACUCACUGAGCCACCCCCCAGUCCGCUCCAUGCUGGCUGUGCUCUCAGGCUGGCGCCAUGCCCCCACCUGCAGAGGUGACGGACCCAUCCCAUGCCCCCGCCGUCUUGCGCCAGCUAAAUGAGCAGCGGCUCCGUGGCCUCUUCUGUGACGUCACCCUCAUAGCCGGAGACACCAAGUUCCCCGCUCACCGCAGCGUCCUGGCUGCCUCUAGUCCCUUCUUCAGAGAGGCCCUGCUAGCUUCAGCCCCACUGCCCCUCCCACCAGUUACUGGGGGCUCAGCUCCCAAUCCUGCAACCACCACAGCUGCCUCUUCUUCCUCUUCCUCCUCCUCUUCUUCCUCUUCCUCCUCUUCUUCUUCUUCUUCCUCUUCCCCCUCUUCUCCCCCUCCAGCCUCUCCCUCUGCUUUAUCCCCACCCCGGGUCCUUGAGCUUCCAGGGGUCCCAGCAGCUGCCUUCUCUGAUGUCCUCAACUUCAUCUAUAGUGCCCGGCUUGCACUCCCUGGUGGUGGAGGGAACGGGGCAGCUGUGGCAGAGAUUGGAGCUCUGGGGCGGCGUCUGGGCAUCUCCCGCCUGCAGGGCCUUGGGGAGGGAGGCGAUGCAUGGGUACCUCCCACCCCAGCCCCCAUGGCCACCUCACAGUCUGAAGAGGACAGUUUCGGGUCUGGGCCUAGGCCAGAUGGAGAAUGGGAGGGUGACAGGGCUGAUGCCCAGGCCCCUGACUCACAGCCCCCGCUGCCACGUCGGCCCCUCCCUUGCCCACGAUGUGGGAAAAGCUUCAUCCAUCCCAAGCGGCUACAGACCCAUGAGGCCCAGUGUCGACGAGGGGCCAGCACUCGGGGGUCUGCAGGGCUGGGAGCUGGGGGCUCUGGCCCUGGUGGUCCUGCAGGAGUGGAUGCCUCAGCCCUACCCCCACCAGUGGGCUUCCGAGGUGGCCCUGAGCACGUGGUGAAGGUGGUGGGUGGCCAUGUGCUGUACGUGUGCGCAGCCUGUGAGCGUUCCUACGUGACCCUGUCCAGCCUGAAGCGGCACAGCAAUGUGCAUUCGUGGCGGAGGAAGUACCCCUGCCGCUACUGUGAGAAGGUGUUUGCCCUGGCUGAGUACCGCACCAAACACGAGGUGUGGCAUACUGGGGAGCGCAGGUACCAGUGCAUCUUCUGCUGGGAGACCUUUGUCACCUAUUAUAACCUGAAGACCCACCAGCGAGCCUUCCAUGGCAUUAGCCCGGGCCUCCUAGCCAGUGAGAAGACACCCAAUGGAGGCUACAAGCCCAAGCUCAAUACCCUGAAGCUGUACCGCCUGCUCCCCAUGCGGGCAGCCAAGCGGCCCUACAAGACCUACAGCCAGGGAGCCCCUGAGGCCCCCCUUUCUCCAAGCCUCCACACACCGGCCCCUGUGGCAAUACCAGCUAGCCCCCCACCCGGACCCCCACCUGCCCCAGAGCCUGGCCCACCACCCUCUGUCAUCACCUUUGCUCACCCAGCUCCUUCUGUCAUUGUCCAUGGGAGCAGCAGCAGUGGUGGUGCAGGGAGUGGGUCAGCCACCACAGGAGGGUCCCAGGCUGCCUCAGUAAUCACUUACACUGCUCCCCCAAGGCCCCCUAAGAAACGAGAGUACCCACCUCCUCCCCCUGAGCCUGCAGUAACACCCACCAGCCCGGCCACCACCUUGGUCAGCCCAGCCACAGCUGCAGGGCCAGCUACAGCUGCAGAGGAGGCCAAGAGCCGGAAUCCACGGGCUGGGAGGACUCUGACUUAUACAGCCAAGCCAGUGGGUGGGGUUGGUGGGGGUGGGGGUCCCCCCACAGGGCCUGGCCGGGGCCCCUCUCAGCUACAGGCUCCACCUCCACUGUGUCAGAUCACUGUGCGAAUUGGAGAAGAGGCCAUUGUCAAGCGCCGCAUCUCAGAAACUGACCUUCGUCCUGGAGAGCUGAGUGGAGAGGAGAUGGAGGAGAGCGAGGAGGAGGAUGAAGAGGACGAGGAGGACGAGGACGAGGAGGAUGAUGAGGAAUCAAAGGCUGGUGGGGAGGACCAGCUCUGGAGGCCCUACUAUUCAUACAAGCCUAAGCGCAAGGCCGGAGCUGCCAAUGGUGGCGGUGGUGGAGGUAGUGGGAUAACCAGAGGACGACGGCCACCACGCUGGAGGCAAAAGCUAGAACGGAGGGGCUGGGAGGAGAGCCCCACUGUGGAAAGCCCAGUAGGGCGUGUCCGUGGUGAGCGGAGGCACCGCUGUGGGGACUGUGCCCAGUCCUUUGCCACCCUGAGGAAGCUGCGAAAGCACCAGGAGGCCCACAGUGGGGGCUCCCACAGCUCUCGGGCUGGACGGAGGCCUUCCACCCGCUUCACCUGUCCCCACUGCUCAAAGGUGUGCAAAACGGCAGCUGCCCUGAGCCGCCAUGGACAGAGGCAUGCUGCUGAGCGGCCCGGAGGCACCCCCACACCUGUCAUUGCCUAUUCUAAGGGCAGCACUGGCACCAGGCCUGGGGAUGUCAAGGAAGAGGCCCCCCAGGAGAUGCAAGUGUCCUCAUCAAGUGGGGAGGCAGGUGGUGGGAAUGCUGCUGCUGAGGAAGCUUCUGAGAUGGCCUCACUCCAGGACCCUGUCAUCUCAGGGGGUGAGGAGCCCCCGGUAGCAGGAGGGGGCAGCUAUGCAUAUCCCCCUGUGCAGGAAUUUCCACUGGCUCUGAUAGGGAGUGGCCGGGAACCAAGUGGAGGCAGAGGAAAACCUGGGAGUGAGGGGCUAGUGGGUGUUUCGGAAGGGGACCGGAUAGAGGGGAUGGGGGCUGCCAAAGUCACCUUCUACCCUGAGCCCUAUCCACUUGUCUAUGGCCCCCAGCUCCUUGCUGCCUACCCUUACAACUUCAGCAACUUGGCUGCUCUCCCAGUUGCUCUCAACAUGGUCCUACCUGAUGAAAAGGGUGGGGGAGCCCUUCCUUUCCUACCAGGGGUCUUUGGCUACGCAGUGAAUCCUCAAGCAGCACCCCCUACUCCCCCAACUCCGCCUCCCCCAACUCUUCCUCCAUCAGUUCCCCCUAAGGGAGAAGGGGAAAGGGCAGGGGUUGAGAGAAACCAGAAGGGAGAUGUGGGGUGAUCUCUAGGGCCAGACCCCCCUUUCACCAGAUGCCACCCUCCCUGAACCCCCUACCACUACCAGCUCCCUGGCUUCCUUGCCCUAGGGGUCCCGCCACACUCUUGUGCAGGGACUUGGGGGCCCCUGGAGCUCAGGAGUCAGGCUGCUUUGUGUGAGAUUGUAGUUUUCCCAUCUCCUGGGAAGGGAUCUUUGGUGGUUCCCCUCUCAAUCUUCCUCCAGGGAAAGGCCCCAUGAGGGGCAGGGCCAGCUCCCAUCCUUUCUCCAGCCCUUGGGGCAACUGAGCAAUAUACUUAUUUGAAUUUCUACUCAUGGCCCCCACCAGCUCUGAAUGUCUAACCUGUUCCCCUAAUUCGUAAACCUAGGGGGAAACCAUCUCUCUCACUUAAUGAUCCCCACCUCAUUCUGAAGCUUUCUCUAAGUCCUUCCCCAGAUGCUUCCUAGAACAUUCCAUUCUUUGUGGCCCAGGGCCUGGACCAGACCAUUGUGAUACCUGACUCACCUGCCUGGGAGCAUGGCUUUGGAUUCCGUUCUUCCCAAGGGUGGGUCUCUCUAUCCCUAUUUCCUUCACAUUAAGAUGCCAUGCCUUCCUUGGCUUCCAUGCCUUUGGAUCUUCCAUGCUCCUUCCCAUACUCCUUCCCAUACUCCUAGGCUUUGGAGGUGGCCUCGCCCAAUCCAGGUCAAGGAGGUAGUGACAGGACAGCUUAACCCUCUGUUCCAUGGCUGAGUACUCUUCCAACCCAGGCCAGGGAAAUCUUGGCCCUACCUUGACCCUCAAAUCCAGUGAGCUCCAGAUUCUUCCAAGGCAAAAGAGGUGAAUCGAUCACACCUCUUCAUGUCUUUUCAUAUGGCCUCUUCUGGGCUAAAUCAGAUUUGGGGGUCAGGAGGAGAGAGCUCCAUAUGGAAUGGAGAAAGGAAUCUACUUUCUCCCAGUUUUUCCCCUUUCCUGAUGGUUUCUCCCAGACUAGACCAAAUAGCCAGAAAAACGAUGGGGGUUGGAUGGGUGGGUAAGCCCAAGAUUUGCACAUGACCUUCCAUCCUUACCUUUCCCCCCAUCUUCCCUAGUGUUGCUCUCACCAAUCACUCCAGAUGGUUUUGGGGGAACCAUCCUACUUUCCUGGUGGGCUUUGGGGUAUCCCCACCAACUUUCCCUACAAAAGAGCACCUUACACCCCAUCUUUGACUCAGUUCCCCACACCCAAAGAUCCCAGCCUAGGGAUGGGGUACAGGGACCUUAAAUAGUCCCUAAUCCCUAAUUUGCACUAGUUAACCCUGGUCAGGGGUCGCUAUAUUUCCUUCCAGUGGGGGAGAAGACUGAAAUGUUUGUUUCUAAAGCUCUUUGAAAACAGGGCCUCCCUGCUCUGCGAUUGGAAGAACAUUUCUCUCUCCCCCCACCUUCCCCCUCCCCCAGAAAAAAACAGCUCACAAGGGGAGAACCAGUAUGGGGAAGCAGAUUUGACAAAUGGGAAUUAGAGGAGUGUAGUUUAAAAAUGGGGAAAAGUUGCUAUCAAGAAAGCAGCUUUUCUCUCAGCUACUGUUUUUUGGGGCCAAGAUGGCUGCCCUCUCAGCAACUGCCUAGAGGGCAAGAUCAUGGCUUUUAGAGGGAGGUGAAUCUGGAGAGCGCCAUCCUCCUGCCCCCUUUCCCUCCCAGCCUAUAGGAAGGGGGAGGUGUUGGACAGGCUCCCUGAAUGUUAACCAAAGAAGGAGUCACUCCUUCUUUCCUCCUCUGUCUCUUUGCACUUUUCUUGGUCUUGGCCACAGUCUGAGUGAAGAAUUUCCUACUGAAUGUACCAAGUUCCAAUUUUUAACGGGGAAAACAUUUGAAACAGGGAAAAAUGCAAAAAAAAAAAAAAAAAAAAAAUCACUAAAAAUUCCCACAAAUCUUUUCUGGCACUUUAGAAAAACUGCAAAAAAUACAUAAUAAAGAAUACAUAUAUAUAUCUACACACAAAUUAUAUAUAUCUAUAUAUAUACAGCGGAACCACAAGAGAGACUGAGGAAGGCCUGGAGGCAGGGGACAGAUGUGAUGACAGUCCCCCUGUACCCUUCACCCACACUCCUCUGAGGCAAACAGGCACAGGAGAAUGGAAGGGGUUGAGGAUGGACCUGGGAAUUUGAAUUUCAGAAUAGGUCAAAAUUCCAAAACCCAUGGAUAUUGGAAGAAUUGAGAUUGUAAACGUUUUUUUCUUUUUUUGAAAUGUGUAAGGAAAAUAGCUUACAGAAUUUGGUGGUUCUGGGCAAUGAAUGAGAUUGUGGCAGAGUGGAGAUUAAAAUAUAUGUAUUUGAGUGGGAGAAUUUGAAUAUUGAGUUUCAGAUGUUGGAAAUUAGGGAUUUUGCAAUUUUGUCAUUUGAAAAUGAUCGAGUUUUGUCAGUUUUUGCCCUCUUUCCCCAUGUUCCCUGGGAAAAAGGUGAUGAUAAAAUGGGAAGGCCACCGGUUCUGUGCCAUAGCACGCAAGAUUUAGAAUUCUACAGACUCUAGCUCUAUAUGUAGUGAGGACCCAGAUUUAGAGAAACUGACCAAUAUUUAUCUCCGCAUUUGUGUGUGUGUCCAACUCUCUAGGCCAAUAAACCAACAAGACAAAUGAACUGUGCUCCACA